AAAUGGGCAUCAGCUGUGCGGCUUCUGAAUGUGAAAAGUGGGGAAGUUCUCUCGUUGUUUGAACUGCCUCAGGAUGAAGCUGCAAAAUGCAUUGCCCUUGUUCAAUUUGCAACACACCAGGACACCUUGAUGGCCCUUGUCGGUUGUACAAUUGCUCAAAGACUGGAUCAGGUCGCUAGAAGUACGAGAGGUUGCAUUUAUACAUUCCUUUUGACAGCCGCCGGUGACCGCUUCGAACUUAUGCAUCGUACAGAAACUCCAUAUCCAGUAAACGCAAUCCAUGAUUUCCGAGGAUCAGCCCUCGUUGGUAUGUCGAAUCAUUUGCGUCUCUAUGAAUUCGGAAAGAAGAAGUUGCUGGCAAAGUGUGAAAAUAAGGUUUGUGACUUGAAUUCUUUUAGCUUAUGCGCCUUUUUCAUAGUUCACGUAUUUUGA